CUUUUCUUACGUCAGGGUCUAUCAGAAAUUCUUGAUGCGUUGCGAGAACAUGACGGCUUAAGCGAUGUUCGUCUGGAAUGUCCAUCUCUGGAAAAUGUUCUAAGUCAGUUGGAAGUCCGAGCUCAAUUGGGUCAUCCGUGCCCUCCCCUUGGGUUGAAGAUCCGAAUUGAACAUGUUGAAGGCCGUAACGCACAACUGAGAGACGAACUUCGAGCUGCAAGGAAAGCCAUCAGCAAGAGCCCGUUAAGGAAUGCUUCUGACAAAGGAAGGAUGCAAGGCGAUGACACUCAAAAAUCCUUUUUGAGUGAUACAGACUUGGUCUUAGUAACAAACCUUCUCGGUGAUUUCCACGCAGAAGAUGUUCAAGUGCCUGUCUACAAGGAAACGGUUGGUCGGCUUAUCGGCAUCAUUCAUCGACUGUCUUCGCGAAUGGAAAGCAUUGCUGUAGACUUGGACGAUGGUGAGAAAGCUUCAGAAUCACUGCGCACCGUCGUGCUCCUCGUUAAACAUCAAUUGGGGAUCGCGUAUAGCGACUGGAAGUCGGAUUCAGAGUCGUGGAAGGACGAGAAAAAGAAGUUGUUGCAGAAAAUUCAAGAUGCGGAGAAUCAAGUUGAGUCGCUCGGAGCGCAGCUUCAAUCCUACGAAGGUCACUUUGCAGCGCUUGAUCGCUCAGGGGAGGAGAUGAAAGUGUUUUUGGCGGAGUCUGCCAGAAAAUGCGCAGCUGUGCAAGCAAACAGCAGUGUUAAUUUAAGAAAAUUGAAAGCGCAGCAGGUCCGGUUGUCAAAUUUGAUCGAAGAACGGGAUGCAAUUGUACGAGACGCACUUGAAAUCGAGAAACACAACGCCAUACGGAUUGAUUAUUUGGAACGAUUUAAAGUCAAAUCGUCUUUCAAAUUGAAAGCAAUGCAGAAAACAUUGGACCGUUGUGUUCCGGAAGAAGAAGUGAGGGCGAUCCAGAAAACAGCGAGAAACCUCGCUGCCGAGCUCCAAAACGUGUUGAGACGAAGAACAAAGCUCCUUUCUGAUUUGAAGAGUGCUGCUUUGUUGGAAGUGGAGGUCAAGCACCUGCAAGUCAGAAACGAGAAGCUUUUUAAAGAAUUGGAAGAAGCGAAGAUUCAGUCGGGCAUUGUUGCCGUACAGUAUGACAAGAAUGCUUCAGAGAAAAUCACCGACUUGAACAUAGACAAUAACGCACUGCAAAUGGAAAUCGUAUCUCGUCAAUUGUUGGUUUCUGAGCUCCGAGAGAAAAACGAAAAGGAAAAAUGUUAUCAUUACAUGAAAUUAUACAAAGCCCUUCAAACUCAUUGUGAGGAUCUCGAAGCAAGAAACGAAGACCUGGAGAAAUCGUUGGAAUCCCUAAAUAUCAGGAUAACUGACCAAGGAAACGUGGAAGCCGAUCUUAUGCUUGAGCUAAGUUCUGCAGUAUCAAAAUCGGAGCAUGUUGGCGUUCUCGAUCGUCUUCGAAAAGCUGAAAUGGAACUUAUAGAGAUAAAGGACGAAUGCGAAAAGCUGAAGCAAAUUGCGCACAUCGCGAAAAUAGAACUCGAUUCCAGGGAUCGCUUGAAUAGCGACUCUACCGCUGAAUUGGCAAAUCUGCGAAAAUCCGUUGAAAUCCUCGAGUCCUCUUCCGACCUGCAUCUCCACAUUUCGGAGCUGAUGCAAGAAAUUGGCAAAAAGAAUGCACGACUUGAGCAAGAGGUCGAAAUGAGCAAAGCGCAUAGGAAGGAAUUGGCCACUACAAGGGGCGAAAUACAAGUACUGAAAGCAGAAUUGGACGAGACCAACGACAAAGAGCUAAAAAUCAGAGAAUACUAUCAAGCCAAACUGAGCCGCUUUCAAGCUGUGCUGCGCAGAACCCAGGAAAAGUACUUGGGGUCUUUGCCUUUAAGAGCCCAGCUUCACAUUUCGGAUAUUCUUCUGAAAGUGCAGGAACAGAAGGUCGUUCUAGCUAUAAGCAUCAGAGAAGCCCAAGAGAAAGAGCGGAACUACGAGGAACUGCUGCAGAAGCUGAAAAUUUCGAACGAUGUCGUCGCUGCUUUACCGUUCCCUCAAAAAUGUAUGCUUGAGGCCCAAGUUUCUGCAAAAAUGUUGAAUUGGAAAGUUGAGAGGCUCCAAGCUGAAUUGCAACAAGCGAACUUGAUGAAAGAAAACGCUGAACGCUCUGUCGAUUCUUUGCAAAGAGAGUUGAUAGAAGUUCAUAGGCUAAGUGUGGCGGAUUCAGAUGAAGACAAGCUUCCUUUCGAUGUCGUUGAUAAGAAGGACAUAUCGUGUUUAAAGGAAAUCGGGCGCGAGGCGAAAAGCGUGGUUUCAACGAGUGUACAAGUGGUUCUCGAUCUGGAUCAAAAUUUUGAUCAGCGAAGUGAACAGCAUUCACGACGCUUGGAUAUUGAAAUCAAGUGCGAUCAGCUUGUGCAAGAAAAUGAAAGAUUGAAGAAGCUCAUGGAAAAAAUGCGAAGUGAAGCUACAGAACGCGAAAAAAUUAUUACGGAACUCCGGUUGAAGGUCUUGACUUUCCCGUCCUCACAACCGUCGCAUCUUGAAAAGGAAUUGCUGAAUGCGGCCAUGGCAGCGUCGAACUCUUUGGAUUCAUCAAAUAUUUCUCAAACUUUGGUCAAAGUUGCCCAGAACACAAUAGCCUGCUUGCAAAAGCGUGUUGUUCAGAAAGAUGAAAUGAUUGAACGAUUGAGUGCCGUUUUGAAGGACGCCAGGGAAGAGAGCCGGGAAAUAUCGAGAAUUCACACUGUGGAGUUGGAGAAAGUUCACAGGACCGUGCACAAGCUGCAGGAACGCGCCGUGGAGAGGCUCAAAAUCGCUCUGUCAACUGAGAAAGAUCUCGAGAAAGAGACUACGAUCACACUCGACGAGAAAGAAUUCCGUGAACUUGAGUCAAAAAUGUAUGAACGGAAUAGGACUGUCGACUCCUUAAAGGAGAAAUUGGAAGCGAGCAAACGCGAAUUGGAGUACUGGCGAAAAAUGGCGGAAAGUCGCGGCAAAGAAGCGGAUGUUGUGCAAAUGAGGUUGACAAAAACGCAUGAAGUGGAACUGAAAACUCUAAAAGAAGAAAUCAACAGACUGCAGCGCGAUUUACAAAUGGCGGCAGAGGAAAGGUUCGCUCUCGAAGCUGCCCUCGAGACGAUGGAAUCCGCAGUUAAUGUCCGUUCUCGCCAAAAUCCGUUCCUAACGUCGCCAACGCUUGGCAGCCGGGACUUAGAAAAUUCCCGCGGUGUUACCUUAAAAUCACUUGUUUCGAAGCUGAGAAAUCAACUUGCUGAAAAAGAAAAGCAACAAGGAGCUCUGGCUGCUGCACUAGCUGAAUUGAAAGCCGAAGUAACAAAGCGGAAUGGAAACGGAAAAGUGCCUUCUGAUGCAAUAAAAUUUGUGGAAGCUGACGAAAUGUGGCAGAAAGAAGUCGAAGAGUUGCGGAAGAAACUGAAAGACAUGAAAGAAGUUCUGAAAAACAGCAAGGAUUCGGAGGCCGCAGCGAAGCGAGAUAUGGAGGAAUUGAAAGAAAACUUGGCUGCUAAAUCCUCGGCACUUGUGCAAGUGUCGGAAGCGAGAAAUGCUCUUCAGCGAAAAAUCAUUUCGCUGCAGUCGAAAGUCGGCUCCGUACGUGUGAAUCAAAGCGGUGAGAAAAAACGUGAUACAAAAAAAUCUGCGAAGGAACUUGAAUUGGAAGACGAGAUCAAAAAGUUGCAGAAAUCUUUGAGAGAAUCUGAAGAUCUCUUGAAAACCUCAAAAUCAGAGAGAGAAAAGCAACGAGAAGACUUCUUCAAAUGGGACGAAAAGAAAAAACUGGAACAAAAGCUCGAUCAAAUGAAAUCCAAACUGAAAGAACGUGAAUCCCGCAUCGAAGUCCUCGAAAAAGCUGAUAAAUCGCUGCGUGAUUUGCUCAAACGGAUGGAAAAACGUAUUCAGAAACGCAGUGGUACCCAAUCUUUCAUGAGUAGUUCAGUUCCUGAGCUUGAACAAGCCAACGAUGACUCUCAAGAAGCCUUUGAUCUUCGACAAUCCGCUGUUACUCCAGUCCCCAGCACGCCGCCAAGUGAACAGGUGCAGUCAUCCACCGCUAUGAAAGAACAGCAUCAACUAGAAGAAAAAAUCUCUCGGCUGAAAACUGAUCUUGCGAAAUCCAGAGAAGAGCAUCUUCAUACGAAGCUUGCUCUGCAGGAAGCGCGAUUGGAAAUUGUAAGACUGGGCGAAGAGAAGAAGGUACUUGCCUUGGGAGCCGAACUGAAAACUAAAGCCUCAGGGAGGCAUUUGUUUUCGGAUAGACGAGCUUCGCUUCCCGUCCGAAAGCAACCCGUUGAACCGGGAGAGAGUUCGAUAAAAGAAACAGUGCCAGCAAAAGAUAAUUCAGAGUUGGAAUCUAGCCGAAAGCGGAUUGGAGAUCUGGAACGAACUGUCAGUGCCUUAAGGAGAAUCAUAGAGACUCUGGAAAGAGAAAAGCAGCGAAGAGUAUCUUUUGAAGAGUUCCCGUCCUCAAUGCCGUCAGUGGAGACGAAAGCGGGUCGUGAAACCGUUCGGAAAGCGCUGAAAAAGCUUUUGGCCGAAAGAGAUUGCGUGGUACAAGAAUUGAAGGCGAAGAAUGCUAUUGUAGAAUCCUUGUCUAAGGAACUUUCCGAUGCGAGGUUGAAACGGAAACUGGCGUGCGAGGAGGCUGAACAUGUCAAACGGAAAAUGGAAAGGAUUCUUGCAGAAGGAUUAGGUGGUCCACGAGUGGCUUUCUUGGAAACGAAAGUACGAGCAUUGGAGGACGAAUUAGCUGACAAGAAGUCAAUCUUGAUGCGUGUGAAGAUUUUAUUGAAAGACGCUGCAAGCAGGGAAAAAGAGAUGAUCGCACAUCAAGAUGCUCUCAGAUUGAGGCACUGGAAGUCUUCAUUCAAGGAUUCUGCGGAUAAUGCGGAUACAUCUUGCUAUUACUGCUGUAUGCGACGGAUACCUUCUUCCGAAGUUUUGAACAAUCGAAGAAAUCAAGACAUGACCAUGUUUCUGUUGGAAUUCAGUCCCACUACGGAAAGUCAAGUUCAUGAUGGUUCGGGCGACGCGGGACACACGCUAAUUGAACGUACUUUGAACCUUACGGCGAGAACUCUUCCGAUCGAAUCAUCAAUGGAUGAAAGCAAUGAAGUUCAUCCGCAAGAAAUUGAAGUCGGAGCGGAUUUGAGCGAGCCGCGAAUGGCCGAAAUAGUGUCACUUGUUGCUGCAAAUGCGGGCAUCAGUAGUGAAGAUCAAGGUAUCUUCGGAGUGCGGCUAGGUGUAGAAUUACUCGACUUCCCGAAACCCGAUUUUGAGAUCCCAGUGACAGAAUAUGUUGGACCGCAAUUCACUCAAUGGCGAUAUAAUCCCGAAAUCGCUUCCGAGGAUGAGGAAGAGUUAGCCAGUGCCAGUGAUUCGACGAGUGGUAACAACUCUGAAAAAGAGAAGCCGCGUCGGAAGAAACGAGAACCUCGACGUCUGAUUAAAUUGAGACCCCGCAAUGAUCACUUCUACAAACGUGUGUUCGGCAUUCCGGACACUCUUGAUGUUCCAACAUCGCAAGAACUUGAUGCUGAUCCUGGUACCGAAAUAGACGCUGUUUCUCCGGAAAAAUAUCCUAGCUUUACAGGCGUAACUACUAUCGACGUAAUUCAAAAUGUAGACGGAAAUACUGCCGAUGAAGGGGAAAAAGCCGACUCCGUCAAUGUUGACGUGAAUCAUGAUCAUGAAAUUGAUACGCUUCAACCCCCUAUAGUGCAGGAAGGUCGACUUGAUUCAUUGUGCUCCAUGUUGACCAAUUUAACAUUAAUUACGGAGUUAGUGACGGCGAACCAUGGUCAGACUGUAGUGCCGGAGGAAGCUGAUCAUGAAUCCUCAAAUUUAUGCGUGAAGACAGUCGAAGAUGCAUCGGGCUUCAAAGACACUGGGAACGACGUACAUGUUCAAAAGGAAGGGUUUGAAGUCCCUAAGUUUCACAACAUCGGGGACAAUUCCCCUGUUCUCAAAGAGAAUAACACAGCCGCAGAUAUGCUCGGUUUUGAGAAGACCGUAAACAGCAUUAUAAGUUUCAAUGAUAUUGGGAACUCAUCUGAAGUUGGGACGAGUGAAAAAGAUAUUGCGCAUCUCUGCAAUCAAAACGAAAUUGGUAAUUCGGAUGCCUCCGCUGAAAUUCCCGCGAGUUUCAUUUGGAACUCCGGAGAGGGUCUUUCUGUGGAGCAUUCAAAUAUGGGUCCAUCUGUUGAUAUUUCGUGCUGUAAACAUCACCUCGAAACCGACGAAUCAGAAGCCAGCAGUGCCACGAACUCGGGCGAGGCUGAAAAGCCCACCCAACGCCCAUCACUCGCGAAGAAAAGCAGCAGCUAUCUAUACAACAUAAUUCAAAAAUUCCGUAAACCGGAAGUCCCGAGCGAAGUCGUGCAGCGCGGUGUUAAGCGCAAAGCAGAAGAUGAUCCUGGAACGUCGACCAAGAUUCCCAGAACAGACCGUUCGCGGCGCAGCCUGUUCGGUUCGUUCCUAAACUUAAUUCCGCGAUGUUUCUCACGAUCCAAACCGAACCUUGAGACUCCACUUGCGGAAGCUUCUGCAAAACCAGCUGUAGAUCCAUCAAAUUCUUCUUUGCGUGUCAGACAAAGCAAAAAACGGAAGUACGUUCACUUCGUCCCGCUUAUUGCCGUUCCAUUGCGAGACUCGGAUGAUUCUGAUGACGAUGCCCUGUGUGAAGAAUUUUUGGAGCAAUUUCCUUCGUAUCGCUCGUUGCAGCGUUCUGUGCGUAAUGCUCGUAGGAUGCGGAAGACAUUCUCGCAUAACGGGCACUGCGAGGAUUCUGCGGAUCGAUCCAUCUCGUGCUGGAGCGAUGAUGAGAAUGACUCAGAGGCGCGGUUGGAGAGGAAUUAUGCUAAAAUGGCCACAAAUUCCUCUAGUCUAACCCAUUGUGGCAAUGUUAAACCGGAUAGCAGUCAUACCAUUGGAGUUGAAUUUGGAUCGAAAGUGGUGAAUGUUGGUGGCAAAUCGGUGAAACUGCAGGUUUGGGAUACAGCAGGACAAGAACGCUUUAGGUCCGUUACGAGAAGUUAUUACAGAGCUGCAGCGGGAGCGUUGCUUGUCUACGACGUUGCUAGUCGCGAAAGUUUCAACAAUCUGUCUGAGUGGCUGUCGGAUGCGAGGAAGUUGGCAAGUCCUAAUAUAGUUAUACUCCUGGUGGGAAACAAGAAAGACUUGGAAGAGGAAAGGGAGAUACCUUUCUUGGAAGCCAGCCGGUUUGCACAGGAAAACGAAAUAAUGUUCCUGGAAACCAGCGCUUUAACUGGUGAUCAUGUGGAAGAAGCCUUCUUGAAAUGCUCACGAACCAUUCUAGCCCGGAUUGAUGCUGGUGAACUAGAUCCUGAAAGGAUAGGCUCCGGUAUCCAGCUUGGCGAUGCAACGUUGAAGAAGAUACGACAACAGCAACAGCUUAAUGCGAAGAAUGAAUGCUCCUGUUGAACAUUAUAGUGUCCGAAACAGAAAUCUGAGAUUUGAUUGGCGAAAUUCUCUUGGAAGUUGUGAAAGAUUCACAUUUUGUACAUCUAGAAGAGGGCGGAAGUUCGAAGCGCGAGGAAGUCGUUGGUGAACGCGGAUAGUCAUUUAUCUGCGGAUGGGAUUUAGUUCUUCGAUUAAAAUGGUUAUGCUUUAGUGUUCAAUUCAGUGAUAUUCUCAUCUGCGUUGACCGUUCAUUCCUAGUGCUUGCGAAAAAUAAUGUUUGUCGACAGUAUUCGGUUGUAGAAGACGAAAUUGGACGCCUUACCUCACCUUACUUACUUCAUAAGUUUGAACGGAUCGCUGUUGAUACUCUACAUAUGGGUUGCUCUGAAAUUCCAAUAACGUGUUGUGAAAGCUUGUACCGCAUUUUGAUGAUCAGUUCUUUAUUCUUCGUCUUUCUUUUGCUCAAUGUGAACUGUCGCCGGAAGUUAUGUCAGCGUGUACACGUCUUGGACAGAAAUUGUUCCAAUGGGUUCGGAUUGGAGAAAAGUCCAGUGCUGUGAAAACAGUUCCUGUAGAUUAUAUAAUUCAACUGGAAAUGACUUCGAGGACAGGAUCCUGAACUCUUUCUUUGAAGGUCGAAAGAAGUCACUGAACGAUGAAAUCGACGUUUGUCGAUGGAUAUUAGUAUUUGAGCAUGAUCUGCGGAGAGGAAACAACAAAAAUCUGUAUUUAGUUCUUCUUUUAUUUAAAAUGAGUGAGUUAAUGUCCACUCGCGCGCGACGUUGUCCUGUGAUGCCCGCUUUGUUUUGGAUGCUUUGCACGCUAUUGUGUACCGCCCCGAUCCUUGUCACGUAUUUAGUACCGUCGGGUUUUUCGAUUUUCGUAAUGCAAUGGAGUUAAUAGAAAGAUAUGCAUCAGCCGAAA